AGGUGUGUGUUCCGAGGACAGCUGUUCUCUAGGUUGCUACCAGGCAGGCUGUACCACUUCUCUCUGAGGACGGAGAAAGAGUCCUACACAGACAGCCCCCCUGUCACACUCAGCAUCAUCUACAGCUCCCAGUCCAGUGGUGGUAUCAGUCCUCAGUAGGACCACAUCGUCUGUGACAGUCGGCUGGACCCAGGCCAGGGACGUUGUCAAAGGCUUCAUCCUGUCAAUCAUAAACCUAACCUCCGAUCAGCAGCUGAACCUCUCAGCCCAGGAGCCAUGGUCUUACAGGUUUGAGGACCUUUCCCCAGGAAGCUAUUACACAGUAUAUGUUAUCAGCAGCAAUGGAGAGAGGAGGAGUACACCGGCUUCUGUAGACUUCAACACCAUCCCAGGAGCCCCACAGGAAGUGUUGCUGGUCGAAGAGGAUGUGACCUCAUCAGUGUUUGUGAGCUGGGGAGCCCCAGCAGGGGGCGUGGAGGGGUACAAGCUGCUGUUGUGUCCGUCAGGGGACAAGUCGUCAUGUCGUGAGAUGGUGGUUCAUAGCAACAGUCUCCAGGUUGGAGGUUUGACCCCAGGAUCAGAUUAUGGCAUCACCGUCCUGAGCCUGCUUUUAUCAGACUUCAGCCAGCCUGUCACUACACAGUUCUCCACACGUCCGGCCGGUGUGUGUUCCCUCUCUCUGCUCUAUGUUAACACUUCCUGUGCUGUGGUGAGGUGGGACGCUGCCAUUGGCCAGUUUGACUUCCACAGGGUAACUGUUGGAAAUGGCUCGCAAACACAUACGAUAGAGGUCUCCAAGGAGAGGCAGGUUGCUACAGUAACUGGGUUGAGGGAUGGCUGUAUGUACAACAUGAGCGUGGAGCGCAUUAGACGAGGAGAGGCAGGGACAGCUGCCUCCCUGACUGUAACCACAGUGCCGGGCCGUGUGCGGGGUGUAAAUGUGGUUAGUGUGUCUGCUCAGAACUUCUCUCUGCGUUGGGAGCAGUCAGAGGGGUGUGUGGACCAGUACCUCGUCAGCCUGCUGCCCAACCAAGGAACUGUCUCUGUCUACCGCACACACGACAGACUCGUACAGGCUGACGUAUCCAGUCUGAGUCCUCGAACAGCGUUUACGGUCAUGGUGACCGCCGCCUCCUCCUCCAACCUCAGCCCACCGGUCAGCCGCAUAAUCAACACCAACAAGACCGCCCCAACAUCCCCUCCCACCAAUCUAGAGGGGGAGAGGGUGGGCUCCAAUGGGAUCCUUCUGUCUUGGACCAUGCCCUCUGACUCCCGCAUUGACGGUUAUGUCAUCAGGUACAAGGAGGUGUGUCCAUAUCCAGACCCCACCUUCAAAGAGGUGACCAAACACCUGGACAUCCCUGAGACCCUUCUCAACCUCUUCUUACCAGGGUCUACCUAUAACAUCAAGGUUGCAGCAGAAAACUCUGCUGGUAUUGGACCCUAUAGCAAGUCUCUGUACAUCAAAACUGCUGAGGCUCCCCCAGGCCUGGUGACUAACCUGACAGCGUUUGCUGAGAACCACACGUUUGUAGUGGUCACUUGGCUCCUGCCACUCCGCAUCAACGGUCUGAUCACCAAGUUUGCGGUCAAAGCCAAACACGCUCGUACUGGUCAGACCGUCCGCAUACUGGAGCUGGAUGCUGAGGACAUCAUGACCGGAGCGCUACCACACUGCAACGAUGCAGCAGACAUCCUGUCUCGUGGGACCCCCAGUCCGUCAGAGGUGACAGCUCUGACAGCGUCCUCUCCUCCCGUCACCCUGUCAGCCGUCCCGCCCGCCGCCACCUGGGCUGUACCAAUAUCCGUAGGGGUGGACCAGCUGCGACCUUACACAGCAUACGUCUUCGAAGUGUCUGCUUUCACCUCCGACGGAGAGGGACAGGUCGCCUCCACCAUGGUCCGCAUGCCUGAGUCAGCCCCAGAGGACCCUCCCCACAACCUGUUGGUAUGGAACAUGACGUCUAAGUCAGUCUCUGUCUCCUGGGAACCUCCAACCAUCGUUACCGGACGUUUCAGCUACGUUAUCUAUCUCUACGGCCCCACAGGGUUUAUCUAUGAGAACAGCACAGGGGACCUGAGAUUUGUGUACUCUGGUCUGACACCCUACACACGCUACAGAGUGGCGGUGCGGGCCAAGUCUGCUGGCCUGCUGGGGCCUGAGGCCUUUACUGCUGUACUGACACCUGCUGAGGUGUGGUGA